CUUUCUCUGAAGUUCUGAACCAUUCGUGCAAAGGAAUCGCUCCCCAUGUCUUCAGUACUUCGUAGCCUCCGGCGCGUCUUCGCCAAACCACCAUCCCGCCCUCGCACAGACCAUCUCGGCGGACAACACGACCUCGGCAAGCUGGUCGCCGAGUUCAAGAAACUCUCCCGGUCCACCCAGUUUCGUCGUAACAACGUCCCGUACGAGAAGACCGUCCAACGCCUCGCGUAUCACCGGCAGUUCGCUUUGAUCGAGGACCUCCUCGAGCACCAGAAGCAGUACGUGGCACGCUCGAGCGACAAGUUCGCGGUCCGCCUGAUCGGCCUCUACGGGAAAGCGGGCAUGUUCGAGCACGCCCGGAAGCUGUUCGACGAAAUGCCUAGCCUAGCACGCGAGCCCUCGCUGGUACACCUUAAUGCCCUUUUGGCCGCCUGUGUUGAUUCCAGGAAGUUCGAUAAGGUCGAGGAGAUUUUCCGCCAGUUGCCGGAGAAACUGUCUCUGGACAUUGAUGUCUGCACUUACAAUGCGGUUAUUAAGGGCUAUUGCCUGAUGGGUGAUCUUGAUUCUGCUCUUUCGUUGCUUGAUGAGAUGGAGAGAAAAGGGAUUGAGCCUAAUUUGAUAUCUUGGAAUACACUGCUUGAGGCUUAUUAUGGGAGUGGCAGGCUAUCGGACGGAGAGAAGAUAUGGGAUUUAAUGGUGAGCAAGGAUGUUACUCCUAGCGUCAGGAGUUACAAUCCGAGACUUCGUGGAAUACUUUUGCAGAACAGAGUUGCGGAUGCUGUUAAGCUGUUAGAUGAAAUGCGGGAUAAGGGAAUUGAGGCUGAUACACACAGCUACAAUGCUUUUAUCAUUCGGUGUUGCCGAAAUGGAGACUUGGAUGGAGCCAAGAAAUGGUAUGGGCGACUGGUGGAGAGUAAAUGCAAUGUUGAUCGGGUGACAGUGUCCGCUCUCUUCCCUUUGCUUUGUGAAAAGGGCGACUAUGAAUUGGCCCAUAGGCUUUGCAUCAAGGCCAUGGAUCAAAAGUUACUUCGUGGAUCAGAUACUCUGCAGAAUGUUGUGGAUCUCUUGGUUAGGGAAUCGAAGGUUGAUCUGGCAACAGAGAUUGUGGAGCAUGGCAAGGCCAAGAAGACACCGUACAAUCUAAAAUUGCCUCAAGCAGCAUGAUGGCUUUUUUUCGCGUUAUGUAACAAUCCACUGUUAUGGUUGCUACUAGUCGGACUUCAUUUCCCUGACGGUCUUUGCUGAACUCAACGGGCGGUAUAUGAUGUCGCGGAUGGCAUUUUAUCAAUCAACUAGGCCAUGAUGAACGAGGGGAAAGCAUCAAAACAGGUUCCUGUUAAUGGAGAAAUGCCUUUUCCAUUCAUUGUUUCCACUGUUUUUGUGGUUGUUGUGGAGUGACAAAUCGGUAUUCACGCUGUUCAUAAGACCCUAGAGUCUUGACUUCCAGGGUUUUGAACUCUUCGGUGUAGCUGUAACUGAAGCAUCAUUAGGUUUUUAAUUCAAAGCAAAGGGAACUAUGAUCUUGUCCUAAUUUGGUUUUGUAUGUGGGGAAGGCAUUGUGUAAUGCAUAGUUUGGGGUUAUCGCACAUCUCGAGUUCCUU